AUGCCGGUCGCUGCCCGCUCAGCGCCCUGCGGGGCGCAGUCCGACGCCUGCUUUCUCGCCCCCGCCCGCCGGCGGGACCGCAGCGCCGCUCCGCGCGGCGAGGAGAGCGGCGGCGAACUGCCCCAGCCUCUCCGCCAGGCCGCCGCGGCGGGCCGCCGCGGCAGAUGGGUGGCUUCUUCCGCCGCCCCCUUCCUGCCUUCCUUCUCCUCCUCCUCUCCGCCGCCCCCCGCCUCCUCCGCUGCCUCCUCCCCCGCUGCCGAGGCCGCCGCCGCCUCCCCCUCGGCUGCCUGCCUUGUCCCGGCGCCCCCCCGGGCCUGCGGUCGCUCCCGCUCCGGCUUCCCCGGACUCGCCAUGAGCGGCGGCGCCGCUCGCUUACCGCCGCCCCCCGCCCUCUGCCCGCCGCCGCCGCCCCUCCACGGGCCGAGCCUGCUGGAGCCGGGAGCGCGCAGCCAGGGCCGGGGUAGCCCCGCCGGCCACGGCACACCCCGCGCCGCCCCGGGCGCCAGAGGCCCGCCGCCAGGUAGCAUUGGUACGUCUUUUCAAUGCCACUCAAUCCAUCAAGAUCACAUCUGUAAUGAUGACAGUGACAAGAGCGAAGACAGUCCUAGUCCCAAGCGACAGCGCCUUUCCCAUUCGGUCUUUGAUUAUACAGCAGCAUCACCAGCCCCAUCACCACCAAUGCGACCAUGGGAGAUGACAUCAAAUAGGCAGCCUCCUUUGGCUCGAUCCAGCCAACACCACUUCUCAGGGGAACGAUGCAACACACCCGCACGAAACAGGAGGAGUCCUCCUGUUCGACGUCAGAGAACAAGGAGAGAUCGUUUGUCUAGGCAUAAUUCCAUUAGCCAGGAUGAAAACUAUCACCAUCUCUCCUAUGGACAGCAGCAAGCAAUAGAAGAGCCCCGAGCCUUUCACCCACCAACUGUAUCUCCUCGUAUGUUGCACCCAGCUGCUCACCCACCACAGCAGAAUGCAGUGAUGGUUGACAUUCAUGAUCAGAUCCAUCAGGGCACAGUUCCUGUCUCAUACACAGUGACCACGGUGGCUCCUCAUGGGAUACCACUUUGCACAGGCCAGCACAUUCCAGCCUGCAGCACGCAGCAGGUCCCAGGAUGCUCAGUGGUUUUCAGUGGGCAGCACCUUCCAGUUUGCAGUGUGCCUCCCCCAAUGCUUCAGGCGUGCUCAGUCCAGCACCUACCUGUACCAUAUGCAGCAUUUCCACCCCUCCUUUCUAGUGACCCAUUCCUUUUGCAUCCUCCUCACAUCUCUCCACACCACCCUCCUCACUUGCCUCCUCCAGGACAGUUUGUUCCUUUCCAAGCACAGCAGUCACGGUCGCCACUUCAAAGAAUAGAAAAUGAAGUAGAACUGCUUGGAGAACAUCUUCCUGUAGGAGGUUUUACAUACCCUCCCUCAGCUCAUCCACCAACAUUGCCUCCCUCAGCUCCUCUCCAAUUCUUAACCCACGAUCCUUUACACCAGGAGGUGUCAUUUGGUGUACCUUACCCACCUUUUAUGCCUCGAAGACUCACAGGGCGCAGCAGAUACCGAUCACAGCAGCCAAUACCACCACACCCCUACCAUCCCAGCCUAUUACCUUACGUGCUAUCAAUGCUCCCAGUGCCACCUUCAGUUGGACCAGCUUUCAGCUUUGAGUUGGAUGUGGAAGAUGGAGAGGUAGAAAACUAUGAGGCACUGCUGAAUUUGGCAGAACGUCUGGGAGAAGCCAAACCGCGAGGAUUGACAAAGGGCGACAUUGAACAGCUUCCAUCCUAUAGGUUCAAUCCAAACAACCACCAGUCAGAACAGACAUUGUGUGUGGUGUGCAUGUGUGAUUUUGAGUCAAGGCAGCUACUUAGAGUCUUACCCUGUAACCACGAGUUCCAUGCCAAGUGUGUUGAUAAAUGGCUGAAGGCAAAUCGUACCUGCCCAAUUUGUAGAGCUGAUGCUUCGGAAGUGCAUCGUGAUUCAGAAUGACCAAUCUAACAGCACAAAUCUGGUUUGGGUGU